AUGAUAAAUAUUGACAAAAACGAGUUAGCCGGAAUCGGUGUGCAAUUUGGUAAUUUAGCCCGAAGAUGGAACCCGCGAAUGCAUCCUUAUAUUUUUAAAAAAAUUAAUCGAAUUCACAUACUAGAUUUAGAUAAAAUUUUUAGCAGUUGCCAAAAAGUAGACGAUUACAUAAAAUCUCUAAUUGAAAAGAAAAAAACAAUUUUGUUUUUAUCCACUAAAAACCAAGCCCAAAAAGUAGUUAAAGAAGCCGCAAAAAGUUUUCGAAACCUGAUAAAAAAAGACCAAGUUAGCAAAUUAAAGAAAAAAAAUAAACUCCUAAAUAUAUAUGAAGGAAUUGUCGGUUUAAAAACCCCGCCGAACGCUUUGUUUAUUAUUGGACUUCACAAAGAAAAAACCGCCUUCAAAGAGGCCAAAAAAAUGGGUAUUCCGGUUAUUGCGGUCUGUAAUAGUAAUUGUAAUCCUCAAUUAGUUGAUUAUGUUAUUCCUGACUUAUUAAGAGCUGCUGGGAUUAACGAAACGGAAUUGAAUGCCGGAAUCGAAGAGUAUGAAGAAAACGAGGAGGCAGAAGAAAUUUUAGGACCUGAUGAAUCCGAUGAAGGAACCUCUGAUGGUCCCGAAGCCGUAUUUAUGAGGAACAUUAAAAGCCGUUUUAGUGGUUCGCUGGUUUCCAAAAUUUUUGGAAAAAACGGAAAAUUAAAUGAAAAACUAAAAGAAGUAAAAAUAGGAGAUUAUUUUGAAGAUGAAGAAGGAGGAAGUUUUGAAACAAAGAAAAUGAAUAUUUUGGAAUGCUUGGCUCGUUCAGUAGUCGAGAUGGUUCAUGCUGAAAUUACCGCCGAAGAUGUCCCAGAAACUAAAAAAAGGGAAUUAAAAGAUUUUUUAGAGAAUUAUAUUACCAAAAACAAUACUGUAAACGAAAAACUUGUAUACACUUAUGAUUGGAUGGAAAUUCCUCUCCGAAAAAUUAUCGGUGAAGCCACGGCGGGGGCUGUUAUAGAGGACACUAUCACUCAUGGAAACCUUUCUAACCCUUUGACAGUGAAAAUUACCAAAUUCGGUGGCAGAGCCGGCAAUUAUGCUUGGAUAAGAGGACAGCGACAUUUAUCCACUUACGAAAUAGAGCCAUUUAAAAUCGAAACCGAACAAGGAGAAAUUGAAAUUAAUAGUUUACUUUUAACUUAUCAGAGAGAUAAUUUUGAAGAUACUUUUGGCGAUGCCGACAAAACGGGGUUAAUCCGGGCUGAAAUUCCGGGUUUUAUGGAUGAAAACAAUCUCAAUGAUGGUCGAAAAAUUGGUGGUGAAGGAGGUAGCAAAACCUACUCCUUACAAAUUUUUAAUGAUUAUAUUUUGGUCUUGCCGGAUGGUCGAUUUUUCCCCUACAAUGAGAAUAGUUUAACGGCUCUCAUUUCCCAAGCCCAAAACCAAAAUGGUUAUUCAGCAGUGGAGGAUGCCGAAAAACUCACUUUUUUAAAAAAUGAAGCCACUAAUGAAGUUAGCAAUAUUAGAAAUUUGUCUAUCAAUUUGACCGGUGCUAGUCAAACCCAAACCAAAAUUCUAAACCAAGCAGAAACGGAGCAAAUAGAAACGGCAGCCAAAAAAUAUCAUGAAGUUGAAUUAGAAUAUUAUCUACGCUCAGGAGAAAUUGAACUUAACCAAGUUCGUUCAUCUGAAUUAGAAAAAUAUAUAGAGCAGAUCAAAAGGUUUUCCGAAAGUGCAAGCCCCCUUGAACGAGAAAUUUGGGAGGAAGUUAAAGAUAAUAGAGUGGAAAUUAUUAAUGAGGAAACACUGGAAACUGAAAGUCCAGCCCAGUUAGGAGCGGAGAGUAGGUUAAAUGCUAUUCAACAAAAAUUAAAAUUUGUUAAUUAUAUUCCACAAGUUUACCAAGAAUAUAAAAAAAACGCUGAUAAAGUUUUCACCGCCGCCGAUUUGAGAGAUUUUGAAAAUUUUCUUGACAGAUUAGAAAAUUUGAGAGAAGAUACUAGAAACAAAGUAGAAGAAUACACCGAAAUUGGAAAAAAGUUUGCCGAAAUUGACCGAAAAACUGAAUAUGAUGAAGUGGUGUUCCUAGAUGACUUGUUUUAUCUUAAAAAUUUAAUUCCGAACUCCGAACAUCCCGGUUAUUCCUUAACCAAUAAACUUUUAACCCCAGCCGAAAUCCAAUUUUAUACUAAUAAUAAAAAAGAGGUUGACCUAAAAUAUUUAUGGUUAUUCAAACAGAGUUAUAUCCAAAGAAAUAACCAAUUUCUUACUGAGUUUGAGUUAACUUAUAUUGAAAGCGAGCAGGCCAAAUUAGAGGAAUUAAUUAUUGAAAACGAAGUUAACGAGGCCGGAGAAACUCAGUCAAUUUUUAAAAUGGAAAGUUUUAUCGAGGAGUUUGAUGAGGUUAUUUUAAUACUUGAAGGCAUUCAAAGUGGAACAAUCGGAAUAGAAAAUGAUACGGAAGUUACUGAAAUGAUAAGGGAAUCCUUAACUGCUGCUAAAACCGAACAAGAACUCCGCCAAAAAAUCACCCAAAUGAUAGGCCGAGCGAAUAAUGAUAAUUUGCCUAUCCGAGAAUAUGGGACAUUACUAACCAAUUUAAGUGCUUUCGAUUUAUUUGCCGGUUAUGAAAUUGACCCUGAAAAUAGCGGUAAUUUGUAUAAUUAUGCGUUAGCAGAUAUUCAAAAAUUAUAUGAGGAAGAAUUUUUCGAUAUUGUCAAACAAAGAACAGAUUUUAUUGGCAAAUUUGAAAGGGAACUUACAAGGUUGGGCAGGGAAGAAACCGAAGAAACCGGUAAUUUAGAUAUGGAUAUAGGGAAAGUUCUUCGGUAUUAUUAUAUAGGUAUAGAUGGAAUUCCUGCCGAAAAAAUGGCAAAAAGUUUCCAUAAUGGUUGGUUAGCGGAUGCCAAGAAAGUGUUUGGUGAAGGGAAGGAACCAAACAAUAUCGAAAGCGGAUUUAUUUUUUUUGUAGUGAAUGAGGAUGGUGAACCAGAUUUAGAAGUUAAUUAUUCUUUCCGAGGUGAAACUCUCCAUAGUCUAAAUCCCGUUGAAAUAUCAAAAAAGGAGGUUGAAUUUUAUAUUGAUUUAAAACUGCUUGCCGAAGAAGAAACUUCACCACUAAUUAAAGAAUUAAUAGAUAAUAAUAACCUUAACCAAAUUUCCACCCAUUAUAACCACCACGGAAUAACUCCGGAACAAAUUUUAGUUUUAAAAAAAAGAAAUGUUCUCACCGAAAAUAAAGCGAUAAUUGAAACCCACGAAAAAGUCAAAGAGAAAUUUAGUGCGGCAGAGGAAAAAGCCAUUUUCGACCACCCUGCCCUAGAUACUCCCGCCGCCAUUCAAGCCACCGAGGAACUUUUGAACCAAAUUAAAGAGCAUGUUGGAAUUACGGCCUCCACCGCUAACCAAGCCCGAGCAGCAGUGAGAAGAGAUUUAGCCCUCAACGAGUUAAACCGAUUAAGAGAACUAGAAAAUUUACACACCGCCCGCCGAACUUGUCUCGCAAACGAAAAUUUAAGCGAGAGAGAAAAAUUAUUAUUUAAUGAGGAGGUCAACAAUCAAACCGAAAAAUUAGAUACGGUAGCAAAAGUGAACCAGGUUAACAAUCUGCUUAAAACUUUGCGGGAAAUUUACAAUAAGCCAAUUGAUAGUUAUCAGACUGGUAAUAUUAGCCAUAUUUUUGAAAAUAUUAAUACUAAGAACACCUUAAAGCGAGAAUAUGAUGAAUUGGCAAAAUUUUUCCCCGAAACGGCGACCGACGACCAAAAAGUAGUUUGGGAAGCAGUUAACUCAAUAUCGGAGCAUAAAGCCGAACAAAUUUAUAUUGAUGUCGGUCAAGAGGAAGCCAAAAAAUUAAAAGGAAUUAGUCCAGUCGAUAUUCCUCAACAAAAAAAAGAGUUGGCUUGGGAAAGAUUUUUCACCGAACAAGCCAUUCCAAACCAAGCAAACAUUAGAAAUCGCAGACCAAACGAAUUUGAAGUAAGUGGUUUCAAUUUAUUAAUCCAUCCUAAGCAGCAGAGGGAUAACUUAGUUAGAUUAUUAAUUAAAAUUAAAACUGCUCCCGAUUUAGCAACUUGUCGAGCAAUAAAAAUUGAUGAUACCCAAUAUGACCCUGCCAAAGUUCCCGCUAAAUACUCUUAUGACAGAAAUGGUAUUGACGAAGCCCGAGUGGCUAAAUUAGGGUGGGAAAUUACUCCCGAUUACCAAAUUCGGGAUAAGAAAAUUAUUAACUAUCGGUUGGCAACUCCUCUUGGCGAAGUUAUUGAACCAGAAAUUAUGGUUGAAAGGAUUGAUUAUUUUGAAUUAGAAGCCGCCUUGGCUGGCAUAGUAAUUCCAAUAAAAAAUUUAGUGGUUGAAAUUAAAGCAGAAAAUUUAACUAUCGCUGAUUUUCCGCCUGACCUUUUCGAGACUGAAAUUGAUAAUUUAAAUGAAACCCUUUUGCCUCCUAACCGAAGCAAGGACAAUCUUAGAACUUUCCGGAAUGAAGAACGACAAAAAUUAGUGGAUGAAAUCUUUAUCAUUGAGUUCAAAGCCCAAAGAGGUGAAGCCGCUAAUGUAGAGGAACGGGAUAACAUUUUAACUUACCGCAAUAAAAAAACCCUUGAUAAUGGCACCGAAAUUGAAAUUAGUGGAACACAAGCUGGAAAAAAAGUUUACCCUCUAACUACUUCAUUCGCCCAAGCCCAAAAAGAAAUUUGGAUUGAUGCUUUUCAUGG